AGCCCACAUCUCCCUCUGGCUUGGGGCUGCAGUUCCAGUUCAGCCGUACACGAGACCAGGACAUUCACAUCCUGCAGGCUCAGCUUUGGCUCUACCUUCGAGUUCCCCGAGACCUGGUAGCCAGCCUCACCCUGAGAAUCUUCCUUGCUGGUGGGGAAGGUGAUUUGGUGGGAGGCAAUCGCACGUUGCUGAGUGAGAGGCGACUGAGCGCUAAGGGCAGCGGCUGGCGUGCCUUCACCCUCAUGCCUGCCUUGCAGAGUUUCUUUGGGGGAGAGCGCAGGACCCUGCGGCUGGAACUGGAAAGCCGUGGGUUGGCAAGGCCCAGCCGGUCCCACCAGCCCUUCUUGGUGGCUGAGGCAAAGGUGCGGGAGCCAGGACACCAUGUGGCCAAGCGCAGCCUCCGCUGCAGCCAGAACUCCAACCUUUGCUGCCGCAAGGACUACUAUGUGGAUUUCAGAGACAUCGGUUGGAACGACUGGAUCAUUAAGCCUGAGGGCUACCAAAUAAACUACUGUGUGGGCCAGUGCCCUCUACAUGUGGCAGGCAGCCCUGGGAUGGCCUCUUCUUUCCACACAGCCGUCUUCAACCUCGUCAAAGCAAACAACAUCCAGGCAUCAGGGCACUCUUGCUGUGUGCCCACGCGACACCGGCCACUCUCCGUCCUCUACUUCGAUCGCAACAGCAACAUUGUCAAGACUGACAUCCCUGACAUGAUUGUUGAUGCCUGUGGCUGUAGCUAG